GCCAGGCCGCUCCUCACGUCAGAUACCGCGAGGAGGAGGCGAGGAGCAAUAAUUCGAGCCAAUAUGGCGGACCUCGAGGCCCCGUCCGGGAUGGCCCUUGUCCCGGGGGAAAAGAUCCUCGUGACCGUCGAGUCGGCACUGCCGGAUAUCAUCGUCGUCACCUUCGAAAGCGGAGCCAAGACCUUCCAGGGUGCCCUGCUCAACGCCACCAAGAGAGGUCUUCCUUGCGGGAUACAACCACCAGAACCUGUGACAGGCCCUGACGGCGACAAACUCGCUUCCGUCGCCGCUCGCUUUAGCUAUUUUCAGGAGAAGAGGCAAGCCUUAGCAACAAAGGCCGACCUCCGCAGGCAGAUAAACCCUCCUGCGAGAUACAAGCAUGCCAGACCCACCGUUCGUCUUAGGCCGCGGCAGGUGCUCUGCAGCAAAUGUAGAUCAAUCUGCAAUGAAAAUAGCGAGAAUGUCGACGUGAGCAAAAAGCGGAAGCAGGAACCUCUUCCAGAGCCAGCACCCGUGCCAACGCGAAAGAGCGAUCGUCGAAGUGUUCCACAACCAACUUCAACGACGCAGAAAAGUCAGCGACGACUUUUGACCGUGGACUCGGCUAAGAUCAGGGCCUCUUUCAUUCCAAAAAUCUCCAGGCUGCAGCCCACCGAGAUGAAUACUGGUAGGAUGAGGGUCGCUUCUAGAGCGUGCUGGAGUAGGACUAGGAACGUGGAAAAUUCCGAGAUGAAUGGUGACGAGUCAAUGGAAAAUGGAGGAGAGCCCAUGGAACUGGACAGCAAUCCUACAACAGCAUACUGCGCAACGCCUCGUAGACUGAGCAGUUCCUCUGUGGAAAGUGCCAAGAUUCCAGAUGAAGAGGACAAGAAGACUCUGGCUGCGGCAGAUUCGACGAUGAAGGUCCGAACUGUCAGAAUACCGCGGAAAAAGCGAUCCGUUGGCUCCAUGGAAGACCUCUGGGACGAGUCUGUCUUCGAGGAUCCUACGAGGACAGCCCGGACGACUCCAGUUAUAAAGAUAUCCUUCGGUGCUCAAGGCGAGGGCACAGUAUUGAAAAUACCCGCCAAGAUUCAGAAUCCAUAUCAACCGGAAGGAGAUACCACCGAUCAGGAGGAUCCUCAAGCUGAAGCUGAGAAAGAUCCGCUGGAGUUGCCGCGAGCCUUUGUGGGACAUGAUGACGAUUAUCCUGGAGAUGUGGAAGAUGACGGCCAGGAACAGGUGGAUCCGCAAAGGCAAGGGGUUAAAGAUGCAAGUGCAAAAGCUGCAAAGAGAGCGUUGAAGAAGGCGAAAAAAGAAGCGAGAAGAAAAAUGCUGGGAGGAGUUUCACCUGCAAGAUCGCCCUGCAAUGGAUCGCCAAGGUACAAUCCAAGCUACGACCCUUUGUCCUAUCACCGCAGGAAGCACAAAAUGAAGCACAAGAAGAAGCACAAGGAGGAGCGGAAGCACAAAAAUCAACAGCAGCCGUCGUGCCUCGAAGACGGCGAGGAAAACCAGCAAAAUUGGAACGUUUUGCCAGGUGGUGGUAGUGAAAGCUACACGGCGAUCAAAGAGCAAUGCCUCAAGCAAAAGCUCUCGAUCUCCCUCAAGAGACUGAACACAAACGCUUAUGCAAGAUGUGACUACCCUGUGAGCAACGCAUCUUCAGGUUGUAAAAGUCCGGGUGCCAGCAGCGACGAGCUCAGUGAGCAGGAACCAGAAGUCGAUGCUGGAGAAACGGCUCCAGAUUUUCCACCUCCUUCGCAUCCUCUUGUAAUGCGACUCGAAGCUACUCCAGUGCCGCAUUGUUUGACUACCAAUGGCAGAAGGAUGGAUGUUGGUGAUGUCGUCUGGGGUAAAAUUCACGGGUUUCCCUGGUGGCCAGGCAAGGUUUUAAACAUCACUGUUUCCUGUAAAGAAGAUGGCACGUCCUUAGGUCCACAAGCACAUGUUGCUUGGUAUGGUUCGUCGACAAGUUCCCUGAUGUCGUGUGACCAGCUUAGUCCAUUCUUAGAAACCUUCAAGACGCGGUACAACAAAAAAAAGAGGGGACCUUACAAAGAGGCGAUUCGACAAGCACAAAAUGAAGCACGAAGUCAAAUAACACCAAACUCUGCUGGCAGUGUUCUAAAUGUUUGUGGCUCGCCUCGAGAGGUGAACGUCUUGUCCUAAAAGAGACUGAACGGUCUCUGACUUUUUUCUUACUGCCGAGAGUCCGUCGUCGACGGAUCGGAAUUGUAAUGUAAAAUAACUUUUGUACAUAAAAGUUAGCGCUAAUAGUUAUCGAAUGUCGUUGCGAUAUAAAAUUCACGCCGUAGUCGUGGUGCUUGGCCAAAUCUCAUCCCGGCAAUCUGCUUCAGUCAAAUCUGUUGUGGAUUUCACUUUACUCUUUACUGGCAAUCUUCAUAAGAUUGAAAAACGAUUACUGUGAUAUCGAAAGAAGUUCGCGCAAAGACACAGCAGUUUCUUCGGGCGGAUCUUCAGGCAUUUUUUUUUCUCCAAUAGACCGCUGCGAUUGGUUUUCUAAACCCGGCGGAAAGCUGACUUCUUACAAUUUACUGUCCUUCCCCCGCGGAUCCAGUUGAAUUCUUUCAAAGGUUUUUCAAAAACCCAAAUUAGUAUGUUAUUAUCAGCAUU